AUGAUUAAAAGCCCAUAUAUCAUGACUCAAGACGUUCUCCCAACUUCACCUCAACCCACUGUCGAUAUCGACGAUGCAGUCUCCGCCACCGCCGUCGCAAACCCUACUCUGAACAACAACCCGCCCGAUCUUCACCUUGAAUUCUUCCUUUGGAAUUAUCCCGACUUCCCUAAACCUACCAUCAGGACCGAGUUGCCUCAAAACCUGGAGCGCAUCGAGAAGUCUGAACAGUUGGUCUACUGGUGCUCCUUGCUUUUACAGCGUAUGUCUUCUUCACCCAGCCUGGUCUGGGCUGAGCGGAAGUGGCUCGAAGGGGACUCUACGGAGCAGGAUCGACUGCGCUGGAUUGCUACCAGGAUGAUCGAGGAGUUUGUCCCGAACGUUGCCAGCAGGAGCUCCGUCGAGAUUGCUGAGGUUGUCUCCCUAGGUCCUAUUCUGGAGAAGGAGCCGUACCGCAAGUUGCUCUCGUCUAUAAUUGCAGCGUUUGAUGAUGCUCUUCUCCUGGACGUCACCCUACUCCAAGGUCUUGUCCAGUUGGUGCAGUCCAACUCCCCUGGGUACCUAGAAGCUGACGACCUUAUCAAGAUCCUCAGCAUCCUCAGGGUUCGUCUGCAGGGAACUCAUGGUCAGUCGUCAGAGUACUCCUACCAACUUGUUCUGGCCGUCUCCCGCGUCUUGGAUGUGAUGGCGGAGCAUGGGGUCAAGGGCUUGGACCAGGUUGUCGAGCAUGAGCCGCUUUCGGGGGUCUUGUCAACCUUGAAGGGAAGCUCGGACCCGUACAUGAUGUACCAGACCUGCUAUGCCUUCCAGGCUCUGCAGUAUGUCCCCGACAAUGAGACUCCUCUACAAGCAAUCCUUCGACACUCUACAGGAGUUGCCAAAGGCCUCAUCGACAUCACUGCCCUCACCAACCUGGACCUGGGCGCAAUUCUCGAGGGCCUGUCCAGUCUCCAGAGCGCCUCCCUAGAGAGCACCUUUAACACUGUCAAUACCGUUUAUGGUGGUGCUUGCUCGGUGAUGGAGAGUGGCCAAUGUGCUCUGGGAGCUCUCAAGGAGAAGUAUGGAACCGGAAAGAAGCAACCCUGGUAUGGCGCCAUCCGUGCCGCCCACGCCCUUGCUCAAGCCGGUCAAAUGAAGGACUUUAACCGUUUCAUCUGUGAGGCGCCUUGUCGUCGUGAUCCAUUGUUCCAGUGGGGCAUAUCCCAGAUGCUGUUAGAGAUGACGAGCGAUGCCGCUUGGGAUCACGCCACUCAAGAGCACGCCCUUUGUCUUCUCCUUGGACUUCACACUCGUGAUCCUGAAUGGAAUCGAGAUGAGAGCCUCAGAAUCUACCUGUUCAGAACCAUGGGACAGCUCAGCAACCUUGAUGGUGAGGUUUUCAAUGGCAACAAGACUGGUAUUCGCUACCCGAUGAGGAGUCGUCUCCCUCCACCUACAUCGUCACCUCUUCUCGCCCGAGUUCUGGAUAUUCCUGAUGUCGAGUAUGAUCUGCACUUGUUGAGGAUGCAACGGCUUAAGGAGCGCAGUAAGGGCAUUUAUAUUCCUCCGCAGGCAAAGCCGAGUUUGAAAGCGGGCGACGACACCCAAUUUCCGCUCAUGGAGAAAGCCUUGGAGUUCCUGGCCAGCAAUCGCCAAGUUCUGUUGUUGUUGGGGGAUUCUGGUGCUGGGAAGUCGACUUUCACUCUCAAACUGGAGCACACACUGUGGAAGAACUAUAAGAAGUACAGGCCCAUUCCUCUUUACAUUGACCUUCCUACCGUCGACAACCCGACUCAGGAGCUGAUCGAGAAGCAGCUGCAGUACCACAACUUCAGUGAGGACCAGAUCCGUGAGAUGAAGCUACAUAGGAAGUUCAUUCUCAUUUGCGACGGUUAUGACGAGAGUCAACUCAAGAUCAACAUUCACACCACCAACCAGUUCUACCAGCCCGGACAGUGGAAGGUGAAGAUUGACAUCAGCUGCCGCGCCCAGUGCGGUGAGGGAUCUAACAUUAUGGUCUCUAUUUAUUAG